GCAAUGUCUGCUAUGUUUACGUYGGCCUCACGGUCRACGAGGCGAGGCAGGUYGCCCACAUGCACAACCUCGCUGCCGGCUACCACCGGGACUACAGCUUCAUCRAGAAGCUCAGGUGUUGGYGACAAGUCUUUGAGUGCAUGGGGUCCGUCAAGUCGGCAGAAGUUAAACUCUUUUGCCUGAAAGAAGCUAUGAUUCCGAACGCGGCGAAGAAAUUGGGAGCCCAAGAUGCGUUGCUGCAGUGUGCUUUUAAGCCCAAAGAAAUUUGGGACCUCAUGUGCAAGAUAAUGAAUAUGUGGCAGAAGGGUGAGGUCAAAGGCCAGAAACUGAAGCCGGCAACGAAAAACAUCCUGAAAUCGGAUCAGGAUCUGGAAUCGAGCGAGUCGGAGGACGGAAAGAAAAACCAGCGUGGGAAGAGGCUUGAAAGGGCAGCUGCGAAGGAGCAAGAGAUGGCGCUUUUGCACCCUCGAGUGCAAAUGCAGGGUAGCAAAGUCUCCAUGGUCGCCGACGACAUGCCCGCCCAACAUUGGAUAGCCAUGGGUAGUAUGGCUCAAGAGCACGCCGUCCCUAUCCUCCUUGAGAUGGAGAAGAAGUUCCAGCUUGUCAAGCAAGUCGCGUAUGCCUGCAAGGCCUUCGCAGUGGGGGUGGGUUGUGCUGACUUCAAGGAGGCCGAGAAACAGUAUCCUCUCCACACGAAGAAAGACAUGUUGGAGAAGUUCGUCAGUGGCGUCAGGAGGGGUCAGAAGAGUAUCCCCGCACUGAAUGGCUAUAUUAAAAGGGCUUUGAACUGGAAGAGUAAGGAGAGGAGACUGCAAGCAAAGGAGGCUCUUCACGCGUUCCGUUCGACACCUCUCACGGAGUCCUUCGUCGACUGGACGGAGGUGAAACAUGAGAACGACGCGGCGAAAGUGAAGAUUAUCAACAGCGACAUACGCCUGAUGUCAAAGCUGCAGAUGGAGAAGCUGCCAAUAUCUCUGGCGAUUUUCGACUUCCUUUAUGGCUUCGAGCACGAGGGACAUGCGUCUGAUCAUGAGCUGUUUCCGGAGUCGGACAUUCUAGAGGUUCUUCAGAAUCUGAAGGACGUGUAUAGCGCCAUUGCGUGUGUCAAGGCGAAUCGGAAUUGCCUCGUGGUGGAGAUAAACACAAAGUGCGCGAAGGGNAACGGUUUCUCCGGCUCUGGCACAGGCGCCAUUGCGUGUGUCAAGGCGAAUCGGAAUUGCCUCGUGGUGGAGAUAAACACAAAGUGCGCGAAGGGCAUCGCGAUGAGGCUUCUGACAGACAUCGAUGACACACUCGCAUGUAAAACGCCGAAGAGGAAACAGAAGGCAUCGCAAGGCAGCCCGGCCUCGAACCUGUCUGGGGACACGGAAUAUGCCGGUAUUGAGCUUGUGGUCGACGGGGACACGGGCACUGCUGCUGGAGUGGCGCGGAUCGUCGGGCAGGGCGCACCGGUAGUUGUCGGGCCGUCUUGUGUACAGAAAACUGCUUCCGGGCCAUCUGCUGAGCCUGCUUCCAGACCAUCUGUUGAGCCUUCUGAACAUGGUGCCGGGCAGGCCGGUGAGCGGCCAUGUGUUUCCAGCGAGCCUGCUCCCGUGCUCGUUCCUAAGGCUGUUCCCGAUGCUGGACCUGAGGCUGAGACGCAACUUGUGGUCACGACUGCUCCCGCUUCUGCAGAUGUUCAGCAGAAUAUCCUGAGCCUCGCCUUGAGCCAGGAUUCAGACAGAACGACUGCUGGCGGCAGGAGAGGGCGCAAACAAAAGGGCGGUGGCGAAGAGGUAUCGAGUCCACCGGGGGGGGUAACGAUUGCCCUCAAGGCCAACACUCGCUCACGAAUUGGGAAGUGAGUGCGGUUGUAGCCCUGUGCCCACCUCGGCUGAG